UCUUCUUCAACCUCGUGAGACUCUGCAACUCACUCUCGGACGCGCCUCCAUGACCAACCCAACUCAAGCUUUAACCCAACCCCAACUGCUCCAAACCAUAACCAGCCUCCUAACCGCCGCCAAAACCCCACAACUCCAACCCCUUAAACCCUACAUUCCCUACCUCACGCAGCCCCUCCUCCUCUCCAUCCUCCGCUCCAAAGCCCUAGCAAACAAGCCCAGCGCCCUCCUAUCCUUCUUUCAAUGGGCCCAGGCCCACAAUCCGUCCUUAACCCAAACCCCUCACCCCCUCCUCGCCCUCCUCCACCCUCUCCUCUGCCACCACAAGUACCCCGACGCCAAAACCCUGCUCGUCCAAUUCAUAGCCGCCGAUCGCCAAAACGAGCUCCUCUGGGUUCUUCUGCACCCGGACGACACCGUAGCAAAGCCCUCAAAAGCCCUUCUGGAUACUUCCAUAGGGGCUUAUCUCCAUUGUGGAAAGCCCCUCCUUGCAGCCCAGCUGUUCAAGAGAAUGAAGCGGCGUCGUUUACAACCCAACUUGCUCACCUGCAAUACUCUCCUUUAUGCUCUGGUAAGGCACGCUUCGUGUGAUUCGAUUUCAUUGGCUAAAAGUGUGUUUAAGGAUGCCAUCAAGUUAGGGGUUAGUGUGAAUACAAAUACGUUUAAUAUUUUGAUAUAUGGCUACUGUUUGGAGCAUAAGUUUAGGGAUGCUGUAGAGUUGUUGAGUAGAAUGAGCGAGUUUAGAUGUUGGCCUGAUAAUGUGAGCUAUAAUACCAUAUUGGACUGGUUGUGUAAAAAGGGGCAGUUGGUUGAGGCUAGGGACUUGUUGUUGGACAUGAAGAAUCGAGGGUUGUUUCCGAAUAGGAACACGUAUAACAUUUUGGUUUGUGGGUAUUGUAAAAUGGGUUGGUUGAAGGAGGCAAUGCAGAUAAUUGAACUGAUGACACAGAACAAUUCGUUGCCGAAUAUAUGGACCUACAAUAUGUUGAUUAAAGCGUUGUGUAAGGAGGGUAGGAUUGAGGAGGCUGUUAGGCUUCGGGUUGAGAUGGGACAUUUGAAGUUGAUGCCGGAUGUUGUCACGUAUAACACAUUGAUUGAUGGAUAUUUUGAGUGGAGGAGCAGUUCAGAGGCACUUACGUUGAUUGAGGAGAUGCGUGAAAAGGGAGUGAAACCAAAUGUGGUUACUCACAAUAUAAUGAUGAAGUGGUUUUGUAAGGAAGGGAAGAUGGAUGAAGCAAGUGAUACUAGAAGGAAGAUGGAGGAAGAUGGGUUUGCUCCUAAUUGUGUCACCUAUAAUACUUUGAUUAAUGGGUAUUGCAAGGCAGGGAAAAUGGAAGAAGCAUUUAAAAUGAUGGAUGAGAUGGGUAGGAAAGGUUUGAAGACGAACAUUGUUACCCUCAAUACUGUUCUUCACACUCUUUGUAAUGAGAAGAAGCUUGACGAGGCAUUUGAGUUGCUUCAUACCACAAUGAAGCGGGGUUAUAUUCUUGAUGAGAUUAGCUAUGGAACUCUGAUCAUGGGAUGCUUUAAGAACGAAAAGGCGGACAAGGCUUUGAAGCUUUGGGAUGAGAUGAAGGAGAAGCAGGUCAUUCCCAGCAUUGUCACCUAUAACUCUAUAAUUGGAGGGCUAUGCCAGUCUGGGAAAACUGAUCAAGCGUUAGAGAAGUUGAAUGAGCUUAUAGAGAGGGGUCUAGUCCCUGAUGAGUUUACAUACAACUCAAUACUUCAUGGCUACUGCUGCGAGGGGAAUGUUGAGAAAGCAUUUCAGUUCCACAACAAAACUGUUGAGAAAUCAUUCAAGCCAGAUGUAUUUACAUGUAAUAUUCUUCUUUCUGGGCUAUGUAGAGAGGGUAUGUUAGAAAAAGCCCUUAAGCUUUUUAACACAUGGAUUUCAAAAGGGAAAGACAUUGAUGCAGUUACUUACAACACAUUGAUAUCAAGCCUUUGCAAAGAAGGGAGGUUUGAAGAGGCUUUUGAUCUUCUUUCAGAUAUGGAAGCAAAGAAAUUAGCACCUGACCACUAUACAUAUGGUGCCAUUCUGGGUGCACUUACUGAUAUUGGUAGGAUUGAGGAAGCGGAAGAGUUUCUUUUGAAAUUGAUUGAAUCCAGAAAAUUACUUGAUCAGUCCUCAAAUUUGGUGCAAAAGGGAGUGACCAGUGAAUCUAAAGUUGAAUUUGAUUCAAGCACAGUAGCUUAUUCAGAACAGAUCAAUGAGUUGUGCUUUCAAGGUAAGUACAAGGAUGCAAUGCACAUUUUGGAAGAAUCCAUGCAGAAAGGCAUCACUUUAAAUAAAGAUGUUUAUAUUAAUUUGAUGAACGGAUUGAUUAAAGGCAAAGGAGUACAUAAAGGCUGUUAAGCUGUAGUGACACCUUGGGCUAUUUUCGAUAAUGGCAGAGUGCCCCAGCCUUCCCUGCAUGUUCUAACUGAAUUUGACAACAGCUGGACCUGGUACCUUUACUAAAAGAAUAUAGUUCAAGUGAAAUGAACGAGAUGGUUCUUUAUCCAUGCCAUUAAAUUUGAGGUUGGGUGGGAUUCAAGCAAGAAUGGAAACUGAUGACAAAUGGCAGGCAAAAGUGGGGCUUGUUUUCCAGAAAGGCUUCUCGUAUGGCUUUGAUGUGAGGAGAAAUUGAUUCAUGAGGUUAGCAAUAAUUCCAUAUUUGAAAAUGCUAGAGGGAUGACUCAGACGAGUAAAGGUGGUGAGGUAUCAGCCUACAGUUCAGUACAAAAGAAAGUUUUCCCUGAGAACAGAUCGUAAUGAAUAAGAAGUGCUGUAUGUCAUAUUGUGUACUUCUUAGCCUUUCGGAUGAGAUUUAGUUUUAUGCAUUGUUCUUGACAAUUGGGAUAGUCUUAAGGUUGGUGGAACAAGGGACAUGUAGUCCUGGGUUUAAAGCAUGUGUCAAGUAGACUCCCAGCGUCAAAGAGUGAUUCUCCGAACUGCCGGACUUCCAACCCCAUUCCCCGUCAGAAAGGACAAACCAUUGAGGAUGGCUUAGACAGUACUGGUUUCAUUGGUUUAGGUGCUUUGCAUUAGUGCUGAGCUCCAGAAAAGUGUCAC